AAACUCACUCCGAAAGCGUCAGCCGUCAGCAAGCAAAGCUGCAGUGCAAGCAAGCAAAAGGGUUGGAGAGCAGCGGGGAAGAACGGCAGCAGCCAACAGAAAAAAAAAGCUUCAACCUUUCUCCCCUCUCUCGCUUUCGGACGUGGGGGGGCCCGGCCGCGGCGAGAGCCCCCAAAAGCGCAGGUGAGGUCCCGGCAGAGGAGAUGUUCCCCGGCCUGAUCCACCACGCCGGCCGCCCCGACGCCGCUGCCGUCGAGGACGCGCCGCGCGGCGGCGGUGGGCUGGGGUUGCACGGGCACGGCGGCGGGCCCAGUGUCGUUCUGACGGCCGACCCCAAGCCCAGGCUCCGCUGGACGGCCGACCUCCACGACCGCUUCGUCGACGCCGUCGCCCAGCUCGGCGGGCCCGACAAAGCAACACCAAAGGCUAUCAUGAGGACAAUGGGUGUGAAGGGUCUCACCCUUUUUCAUUUGAAAAGCCAUCUUCAGAAAUACAGACUGGGGAGUCAGUCUGGCAAAGAGUUGACCGAGCAAUCCAAGGAUGCUUCUUACCUUAUGGAGGCUCAAAGUGGAACAAAUUUGUCUCCUAGAGGUUCUACUGCAGAUGUGAAAGAGAGUCAAGAACUUAAAGAAGCCAUGAGAGCACAAAUGGAAGUGCAGCGAAGAUUGCAUGAACAAGUGGAGGUCCAGAAGCAUAUGCAGAUCCGAAUGGAGGCAUACCAGAAGUACAUUGAUACGAUACUAGAUAAGGCAUUCAAGAUAGUAUCUGAGCAACUGAGUGGUUUCAGCAUAUCCGACCAAGACCUGCCGGAUCUUGCCUCUGCUGGGGCCAUGUUUAGCUCUACAGAUCCCUUGGGCCCAUCAGUCUUCCACCAGCUCUCCGUCAGCUCGGUUUGCUUGCACAGCCCUGUAGGAAGCAAAGCCCUUCCGCAUGUUACCAUUGACAUCUCCCAGAAGCCACCUGAACUCAAGCGCAAGUCACGCUGAGAUACAUUGCCAGCUCGAGGCGUUGCAUGACCUGAUUACAUUCUGGGAAAAUCGGAGUUCCCUCUAAUAUCUGCGGGGUACAGUUGUUCCCCUCAUCCUCCUGCAACUGCAGCACAUAUGUAAAGAACAAGGUGUAGUCUGUUUGGGCCAAUCUAGACCGACUUUUGUUAAUAUAUAACGCCUAGUGGAGUAGAUCAAGUAAUUCGCUUGAUGUCUGAACUGUUGUAGCAUUCAGAGUUGCAAUUUCCCGCUCAAUUAGAUUGUAUGUGGAGCUGUGCAACUGCAAAUGUUGGUUUAUCU